AUGAUCAUGAACCCAACAGAAGAACAAGAAAUCAAUCCUCAACCUUCUUCAUCAACUAAUCAUCAACCAACAUCUGAUAACAUCCAUUCAGCACCUCCCCCAUCAUAUGCUGAAGCUCACCUCCUCCAACCUUACCAAUCAACUCAAUCCAUCUCGCCUCACCCCUUUGAAUCAUCUCACCAUUUCCCCGAUGGACUCUUUAUCAUAAAGAACCGAAGCUCAGAAAAGGUCUUGGACGUUCGAGGUGGAGCUUCAGAUGUUGGAUCAGAGGUUAUUGCUUAUCAAAUGAAGCGACCUGUUCUGAUAGAUGGAGAUCUUAUGCAUCGUAAAAACAAUCAGCUCUUUUUCUUAGAUUGGCACGGAUGUUUAUGCGCCGCUAAUUCUCGUCUGACGAUUGAUGUUGAUCCAAACUUUGGUCUGUUCCUAUCAUCGCCACAACCGAUCUGUUCAAAUCCAAAUCCAUCAUCACAUCCACCACCACAAUUUUUAUACGAUUUACAAACUCGAACGAUCUCAGUUCAAUUUUCACAUGAUCCUACUUAUUCAGGUGCAAGUUUAGAACAAAUUCAUAGUGUUGAUUAUUUACUGGAAGUUCAGCCUAAAUCAAAAUUAGAGCAACCUCCACCUACUGCAACAGCUCUUGAGAAAUUAUCUGAAUGGAUUCCUUUUACUAGAUCACCUCCUUUAUCGAAUUCAUCAAGAACAUCUCCAUCUACCUCUACCGCUGCAUCUCAACUACCUUCAUUCCAAGCAUCCGUUGAUUUCUUAAAUACUUCAUCUGAUCCAGAUCUUGAUGAUUCAUCAGACCCAUCAAGAGAAGUAAGAGUAGUAUCAGUAGCACCAGGUUGGCGUGAAAAAUUUCCAUCUUCGAAUUCCCCAGAAGCAUCUAAAUGGCUUAAGCGUCAAUUCGAUCUUGCUAAGAUUGUUCGACAAGCUCGUAGAGAUUUUGAUCCGAACUCAGGACUUGAUUUAUCUCAUCUUGAUCCUGAUGCUUCUCCUCUUGAUCAAGGUGCAUUGUCUGAGCUCGGUGAUGUACUUGGAGAAAUAGGUACUGAAAUUUCAAGGGCUUUCAGGAGAUCUACUUGAUAUUUCUUCAAGGGUUUGGGUCCUGGAAGGAUAAGGUGAUGAGGAUGAUGAUGAUUGCUUUGUCACCAUCUGAUUCUUGGGGACUUUUGUAUGAUCAUGCUGAUAAUAAUUGGUUGCAAUGUUUCAGGCAGACUGUUGUUUCUUUUGUAUGUCAUAGCUUCUUCUCACCUUUAGCAAUGUGUAGUAGGAAUAACAGAUAAUUUGAUGUAAUGAAUUGGUUUGUAUUAUU